GGGAGAAGCUGGGGGCGCCCCGUGGGAGAAGCUGGGGUCCCGAGCCCUAGGUCUGGGGGCAGGGCCCCGUUGCCAGAGGAGAUGCCUGGCUGGGGCAUGGCCGUCAAUGUGUAUUCCACAUCCGUGACCAGCGAGAACCUGAGUCGCCAUGACAUGCUAGCCUGGGUCAACGACUCCCUGCACCUUAACUACACCAAGAUCGAACAGCUCUGCUCAGGUGCUGCCUACUGCCAGUUCAUGGAAAUGCUCUUCCCGGGCUGCGUGCACCUGCGGAAGGUGAAGUUCCAGGCCAAGCUGGAGCACGAAUUCAUCCACAACUUCAAGGUGCUGCAGGCCGCCUUCAAGAAGAUGGGGGUGGACAAGAUCAUCGCAGUGGAGAAGCUGGUGAAAGGGAAGUUCCAGGAUAACUUUGAGUUUAUUCAGUGGUUUAAGAAAUUCUUCGAUGCCAACUACGAUGGGAAGGAAUACAACCCGCUGCUGGCAAGGCAAGGGCAGGAGGUGGCACCGUCUCCAAACCCAGGUGAUCAGAACUUCAGCAAACCCAAGAAACCCAUUGGCACUGCAGCCCCCCAGAGAAUCCCAACAGCCCCGAAGACGAUGCCGGUGCCAACCCGAGUGACCAAUGUCAUCCCCAGCAACAUCACCCGGAAAAACCCGCCUGCUGCCCGCAACGGGGGCAGCGAGGCCGACACCCAGAUCCUGGAGCUCAACCAGCAGCUCAUGGACCUGAAGCUGACCGUGGACGGGCUGGAGAAGGAGCGCGAUUUCUACAUCAAACUGCGGGACAUUGAGCUGAUCUGCCAGGAGCACGAGAGUGAGAACAGCCCCGUCAUCGCGGGCAUCAUUGGCAUCCUGUAUGCCACUGAGGAAGGCUUUGCACCUCCGGAGGAUGACGAGGUGGAGGACCAGCAGCCGGAGGACCAGGACGAAUACUAGCUCUGAGCCCUCCUGCAUCCCAUGAUGCGCCCGGCCGUGCUCGUCCUGACAUAGACACUGGAGGGUUUGCGUGUACAGCCGCGGCCUGCACUAUCCACAUUAUAAGAGUUUCAACCAACCAGCCCACCACCCCAGUGCUUUCUGUCCAGCCAGCAGAUCCUGGGACCCACGGACUCCGACGAAUGCCUAGAGAAGAGAACCGAGUUGUAAAUACGCAUGGGGCUGCCAGGGUGGGGAAGGCCCUGGCCCUUUGGGCCCCUCAACCCCCUCAUCCCCCUUAUUUAUUUCAGUUGUCACCUUUGGUGUGAGCGCUGCAGCCUUCCCAGGGAAGGCUCCCGCCCCUGUGCCACCCGGCCUGGCCCCCUGUAUUAUAGCUACAGCCCGAUCCCUUUGUAUAUUGCCCCAGGAUGGAGUUUACUUGCACUUUGCCUGUGUGGGCACUGGCGCCCAGUUGUCAUGGCUUGGGAAGCAUGCGGGCUCCAGGAGCGCCCCUGUGCCACGUGAGGCUGGCCUUGCCCGGGCCUCGCAGGCGCUGGGGAUGUCGCGUUUAUUUAUUGGUCUCAGUUCACGUUGUCAGAAACGACGACUAAGCUGCAAUGUGGCUUUCCCAGCGCGCCCCGCCCCCGCCUGCCAUGCCCGGGGCAGAGGGAAUGGUGUCCACACUCUGCUGGGCUCCUUAUCCUGGGGCUGGCAGGAUCCCAGAGCAGGGGACAGCCCCAACACGACUGCACUGGGGGGAGCAGGAGCCCCCAGGGCUCCACAUUGAGAUCUGCGAAUGUUCUUUUCCCCUUUGGUCACCCACAAAGAGCCCCUCCCUGACUGCAGCACAGGGCACUUGGCCCACUGCUGGGGGUGCGGGACCUGGGCCAGGAGGCCUCAGUCCCUGUCCCCCGUGGGUUUCCAGCCCCACCGCCAGGGGGGUCCUGCCGUUUUGAUGAGAAUGCCACACAGCCGCUGCUGCCUUGCCCGUCCCCUGUUGGCAUUGCCUGUCUGCCCAGUUGCCUGCUGUGCAAACCUGCAUCUGUGUUACGCUGGAUUUCAAUAAACUGGUGUGGUAAACGA